ACAAACUGCCUGCGUCGGAGAGUAUGCGUGUCGCUUAUAUACACAUCUAGCGAGUUAGUCAGUUAGUGUCCGCGGGAGAUUUAGUGCUACCUGUGCCUGAAUAGAAUUGGAUUACAAUCUGGAUGUUGAAGAUGACGUCACUCCUCCUUCUUCUACUACUCAUGAGCCAAAUCUACAAAGCAGCUAAUCUACCAAACCAUUUGAAAUUAUCAUCAAAAGACGUGACACCGGUCACUCCAUUAAUCAUCGCACACCCGAAACCAAAUGCCAUACCAGAACAGAAAACAAGAAAGAAAAAAGGCCCACAAUACCACUUCCAACACCAAUACUUGGUCCCAAAUCUACAUGUCAUCCCAUUAGGUAACGUCCAACAUAAUAGUGUGAGACACGAUGGUAAUUUAACACACCCAAAUUUGAUCCAAUUAUUGAUACCAAUUCAUAACUUGGUGCCAGUUCACGACUUGACAGUUAUUCCGUUGCACAGAGUGAGUGAGCAAAAGAUCUCGUACCGGUUGAAUGAUGAGCAGGAAAACGAUCGAUACAGGAAUCCAUUGGGCGGUUAUGGAGUUGGCUGGAGUUUUGGUGGCCACGGCUCUGGUCACGGAUUUCAUUAUUCGUACGGUUAAAAUUAAAAACAAUUUACUUUAAUAUAAUAAACUAUUUAUUUUUAUACUUA